AACCGCCCUUCGAUACGAACUGUGAAGGAUCUUAGCAACCGCCCUUCGAUACGAACCGUGAAGGAUCUUAGCAACCGCCCUUCGAUACGAACUGUGAAAGACGCGAUGUGAAGCGUCCCUGGCUCCGAGACAACAGCAACAUGGAGCCUCAGGAGCAACUUCUCCCGCAGACGAAGCAGAUGUAAACAGAUUUCAGAGGACCGAGUCAUGGUUCCAUCUCCCAGCAGAAGAGGACAGGAGUCAGUUCCUGGGUCUGGAGUUUCAGGACAGUCGUCUGUCACCUGCCCUUGCUCUGCUACCAGAGUACGCCUUCUCGGGAUACUCUCUCUUCCAACAAACAACAGACUUAGAGUUUGCCCCUUUAAGGGGGUCUCCAGACGUGUCUGUAGCCUCCGAGAGGUUUCUGACACCACAGGCCAAGAAGGGCAGUAGCGGCGUUGGCCAGCUGUCUGACCCUCAGCGUUCCUCUCUGUCCCAGCAUCCUCUAGCCUACAACUCCACCCUGUCUGAGCACCCUCUGGGUCACACCUCCACCCUGUCUCGGUCAGAGGAGAGGGCCAGUAGCUGCUGCUCCCUCUCCGAACACAGCAUGUCCCCUGGUGACGGGUUGGGACAACCAGAAGAGGACCGCUACCCAGCCACCGUCAGGGAUAACGAGGGGCAGAAGACUCAUCGUUCUGGGACACGUACCAGUCUCCUUGACCCAGACAGACCUCUGGCCGUGCUCCCUGACGACAACGCUUCGUUCCUCAGCGGCCACAUCCCUGUCAGAAAGCUGCUGGAUCUGCUCCAGAAGGACGUUGGCAUGCCCAGCGGUAGCAGCAGUGCCGUCUCCUCUGCCUCUGAGACCUCUCGCUACAGGACUAACUUCUUUGGGGGAGAAUCCAGGAGUGACAGCUGUGUUUCCAAACCAGACGGCUUGAGAGAAGAGAGUGAUGUGAGCCAAAGAGAGCUGUCUGACGUGUCACCUGAGCUGCUGCCUGACGUGUCACCUGAGCUGCUGCCUGACGUCUCACCGCCAGUCACAGGGAAAAGAGAAGGCCCUCGAGGAGGAGCCUCCGUCUCACCUGAGCAGCUGCCUGACGACUCACCGCCAGUCACAGGGAAAAGAGAAGGCCCUCGAGGAGGAGCCUCCGUCUCACCUGAGAAGACGGAGAAACUCAAAAGUAAACCGUCUUCACGGAUGUCUGAAAUUUCCAUCAGCACCGUCCGUUCCCUGAGCAGCCAGCCGGAUGAUGCGUCCCGCAGGCAGCUCUGCUCGGAGCGAGAGAGGAGUCUGGACUCUGAGCCUGGAGCAGAGACCCAGGGAGGGACCAGCCGUGGGCCCAUGCCCUCCUUACACAGUGAAGUCAACACACCUGACAUUGUCACCAAUACACCUAACGUUUCAACCACUGGAUCCGCCAAAGGGAGGUUGAGUGUGACCAGAGGGCUACGGGCCAGUGUUUUAGGGCCAGGGGCUGGGGUCGGGCCCCAGUUUUCAGCAGGGUUCAGUGUGGAGCGAGGCCAUAGGGAGAGAGACCUCUGGUCCUCAGGGAACCAGACGGGCACAGAACCAGACGUCUCGUUCCUGAGCCUUCUCCCCCAGCCCGUGUCCCAGUCCACCCCAGGUGUGUUCCUCCACGCUCCAGUCAGAUCCAGCACUAAGCUGUCAGCCCUCAGCUUUAACAUGGAGGUCUCUCAGCGCUCCUCGGGCUCCGGAGUCUCCUCCCAGCCCCAGCCUGCUGUAGACACCCUGCCUGAUAGAGCCACCCCUGUCCGGGACCCCCCUCUGCCUGCCAGAGAGACAGUACAGGAGCCCUCGGGAAGAAGCCACCAUUCUCUCCCCAGUCUUAACUACCUACAGAAGGUUGAUGCCUGGAAGGCCAACCAAAGUUCAAACAAGAUGUCGUUCUAUGACAACUUGUCUCUUCAGGGCUUCUCCGGGGUCUCUCCCAAGCAAAAGGCCUAUGAUACAGUCUCUGACUCUCUGACCCGUAUGUUGACUCUUCCACAGCGGGGCAACCAGACCCUCAGCAUGUGUGAAUCUGGACCCUCCUCCCCUAGCAGAGGGGAGGCAGCAGGUAGUGGUCUUCCUGAGAGAGAGGACACAGCAGGGCCUGUAGGAGGGCCAUCCCCCCUGGGCAGGUCUCAGUCCCACUCCUCCCUCAACACAGUGGUCACGUCUAUCCAGAGAGCUCAGCAUGCACAGACACACACUGACCAGGACAGCAGUGAGACACAGCCAGAGGAGGAGAGUGCUACAGGGCAGCCCAGGGAGUUGGAGAGGAGCCGGGGAGGGUUAGGAUCAGACAGGGUUCAGUCAGGAGGUGGACCUGAACAGCCCAGUGGUGCUCCAACCGAGCCCUCUCCCUUCAUCAGCCUGGGACGCUUCAAUAACGUGUCAUCAAAGCGAGACGUCCUCUCCAGCUCCCGGGACAGUGGCCACAGUGGGCAGAACUUUGAGGUGCCCGUCAGGGCUGCUUCUUCUUCUGUGGUCAGUCUGGAGGUGGAUAACUAUGCCCCGUACUGGUCCUCCAAACCAUCCUCACCACACAGGGAGAGGGAGCUCAACAUUGAAGAAAGGAUUCCGAUGUACCUUCACAACCUUGGGAUCGACCAAUCUCCUUCUACGAUCCUCAAUCCCUUUGGACCUCGAGGGCCAAUCAGAGAGCCAGAGUUCUCUCCCACUGAUCUGUGCACCAUAAAGGGAUCCACAGCCACUGGCACGCCAACCAAGAGCGCACAGCCUUCUGAAGGUGACAGCCCUCAUAAAGGAGAGUUCUCCAGGUCCAGCCUGCUGUCUGUGGCCUCAAGCAUGUCUCUACCUCUCAGUGUGGACAGCCUCCAUCUCCAUCCCAUAAGGAGCCAGGCAGAGAACACCAGGAGCUGCCUGUCCCCCUCUCCGGGACCAGACAGAGACAGGUUUCCCAGCCAAGGCAGUCUGAGGAUGGCCCUCUGCCCCUUGGAUAUCUCAGUGGAGAACACAGUGCUCCGGGACUCCCAGCAGGAUCCUCACUGCCUCCAGCCUACCUCCCCUGCACCACAGUCCACCCAGUCCCUUGACUUCUACCAGCUCCCUGCACCAGAGUCCAAAAAUAAAAAGUACCCUGGUUUGCUUCCGGACCUACAGUCCACUGAGCAACAUCAGAGAGACAGCAGAGUGAAUGUCUCCACCCAAGCUGCUAUAGAACUGGCAGGGGGGCUUGAGUCCAGUGCUGACAGCUUAUCUCAGUACAGAGACAGGGUCAAAAACAGCUUAUCUCACUACAAAGAUGGAGACCGAGACAGUUUAUACAGGAACAGAGACAUGGACAGAGACGUCUUGUCUCAGUACAGAGACAGUGCAGUAGCGUCCUGUCCCCAGGUUAACACCACCAUGGAUUGUAGUAAUCCUGAUGAUUCCUUCGUAGGCUCCCAGACUCUGCAGGACAUUAGGCUUCUGCUGGGCCGGGCUGAAAACAUUGUGUCUGGUGGGUCCUCCACCUCCGGCGCCUCCUCCCACCUCCUCCACUCUGACGACGACAUCCUGCUCCUCUCUCUCAGAAGGAAGAUGGAGGUAUUCCAGGACUCCUCCUUCACCUCCUCCUCUGGUGGGGCCGGGGUGGGGGACCCAAGGAGUCCCUCCUCCUUGCUUUGGGCCCGCUCCUCCUCUGACUACAGCGGGGAAGGUCAUGUCAGGCUAACCAGAGAAGCAGAGCAUCAGUCCACACCCGCCAGAGAGGAGUCUGGGAGACUACUACAGGACAGAGAGCAUUAUGGGAGACCUUGGGACAGUUCUGAAGACAGAGAGCAUCAUGGGAGAUCACAGGACAGUUCUGAAGACAGAGAGCAUCAUGGGAGAUCACAUGACAGUUCUGAAGACAGAGAGCAUCAUGGGAGACCAAGGGACAGUUCUGAAGACAGAGAGCAUCAUGGGAGAUCACAUGACAGUUCUGAAGACAGAGAGCAUCAUGGGAGACCAAGGGACAGUUCUGAAGACAGAGAGCAUCGUGGGAGAUCACAUGACAGUUCUGAAGACAGAGAGCAUCAUGGGAGACCACCACAGGACUCUGGCAGUAGCUCCACCUUCCUCCUGACCGAAUCCGUGCGGAGGGCGGAGCCUGAGGGCUGCAGUGCUGGCCUCUCGGACACGCGGAUUGGCCCUGUGCUGUUGUCAGUUAUGCCGGUCAGCCAACCUGGUCCCUCAUUGGGUGAUGGUGGCGUUGGCAAGCUGCAGCAGGCUCCAACAACAACAGUGGAAGGAGGACACACAGAAGUGCAGAUGGCUCCAGAAGAGGGAAGCUCUUCGUCCUCUUCGUCCUCCUGUCCCGUGGGCUCUGAGCAGGGGUGUGGAGGUCUGUCUGAGCCGGCCCACGGUGGGGAUCAGGGUGGAGAUGCUCUGAGUGAUGGUGGCAGCAGCAGCAGUUCUCUAGCAGCCAGGGUAGCCAGGCUGCUCCAGAGUGAGUCCCCGGCCACGGUGGCGUCCCUGUCCAGCCGAGCCAGUACCGCCACAGCAGACCUGGAGGAGAGCAGAGCCAGAGAGUGGCUGAGGCUGAAGGUGUCGGGGCAGCUGUGUGAAACUCUGGAGCUCAACACGGAGGAUAGACAACGCAUAGAAGAGAUCAAGAGAGAGAUACUCUUUAAACACCCUCUACAGAGCACGGACACGGACAGCAGUACUACGUCCAGCCUUGUAGGUUCAGGGGGCCAGCCUCCCUCCCUACCCCAGCCUGAGGAGCAGUUGGUUGGGGAGAAGAAGCAGUUCAGGGCCCUGAAGGCAGCAGAGGACUGUCUGUCCCACCAGCUACAGCAGCUGAGCAGGAACCCGUUUGAGGACAGCGUUGAGCUGCGUACCCCUCUAAGGCAGGACCUAGAGGGCCGGGUCAGACAGAUCGCCCUCCGAGAGGGGUUAUACGUCCUCCCUAGAACGCAUCCUCCACCCCUCACCUCCAUCACCAUUGCCACCUCCCGCCGCUCCCCCCUCCCCGAGCCUCCACAGGCGUCCCAGUUCACCUUAGAAGGGGUCUCCCAACCCACAGUGCAGGGGUGGCUACCUCAGACACGGCCCCAGCAGCAGGGGAGGGAGAGCACCACCACCUCGACACACUGCUCCAUGUCCAGAGACACAAACACCAUGACUGGAUCACAGGCCAACAGCAGCCGUCUGUACCCCAGAGACAGAAAGACACGCCUGUGCCAGGAGCCGGGCCGGGAGCCGGGAUGGGAGCCGGGAUGGGGGCCGGGAUGGAAGCCGGGCCGGGAGCCGGGCCGGGAGCCAGGCCAGGAGCCGAGACAGGAGCCGAGACAGGAGCCGAGACAGGAGCCGAGACAGGAGCCGAGACAGGAGCCGGGCCAGGAGCCGAGACAGGAGCCGAGACGAGGAGCCGAGAGAGGAGCCGAGACAGGAGCCGAGACAGGAGCCGGGCGAGGAGCCGAGACAGGGGCCGGGCCAGGAGCCGGGCCAGGAGCCGAGACAGGGGCCGAGACAGGAGCCGAGACAGGAGCCGAGACAGGAGCCGGGCCAGGAGCCGAGACAGGAGCAGCUGCCUGGUAGAGACCAAGAGAACCCAUUUACUGGCCCCCCCCACUCUGCAGCUCCUCUCCCUCUGACCCCAGUCAUGUACGGGCAGAUUUCCCGGUCUCACCCCGACGAAGGUCGUCCUGGGUCCAUCAUGGGUUCUGGAGCA